CUAUCAAGGGCAGAAACCCGUGCCCAGCUACAAAACUCAGUGUGUCAGGCACUGUGGUCUCAUCUAUGCACACAGUCUCACCUGGACGUAGGAGAUACCAUGCCCGCCACACUCACAGCCCUGCUCUGCAUUGGGCUGAAUCUGGGCACCAGAACCCAAGUGCAAUCAGGGACACUCCCCAAGCCCAGGCUUGGGUCUAAGUCAGGAUCUGUGAUACCACAAGGGAAACCUGUGACCCUCUGGUGUGAGUGGACGCUGGGGGCCCAGGAAUAUGGUCUGUAUAAAAAGGGAAGCCAGGAGCCCUGGAUAAAAAACACGUCACUGGAACUCAAGAACUCGGCCCUGUUCUUCAUCUCAUCCAUGACCCAGCAACAUGCAGGGCUACAUCGCUGUUACUACCGAGUCCCUUUCGGUUUGUCAGAGGGCAGUGAACCUCUGGAGCUGGUGGUGACAGGAAUCUACAGCAAGCCCAGCCUCUCAGCCCUGCCCAGCCCUGUGGUGAACUCAGGAGGGUCUGUGACCCUGCAGUGUGGCUCACAGCUGGGAUUUGACAGGUUCAUUCUGACUAAGGAAGGAGGAGAUAAGCACUCCUGGACCCAGGACUCACAAAAAGACUCUAGUGGGCAAUUCCAGGCUCUGUUCCCUGUGGACCCUGUGACCCCCAGCCACGGGUGGAGCUUCAGAUGUUAUGGCUGUUACUGGAAUCAGCCCCAGGUAUGGUCAGAGCCCAGUGACCCCCUGGAGCUCCAUAUCUCAGGGCUCACUGUGCACAGUCAGAACACAUGGACCACUCUUGCCUUCUUCCUCGCAGGGUCUCUCCCAAAACCCAAGCUCCAGGCUCAGCCAGGCUCUGUGAUACCAUGGAGGAGUCCUGUGACCCUCUGGUGUGAAGGGACCCUGGAGGCCCAACAAUACUAUGUGUUCAGAGAGGGCAGCCCAGCAUUCUCAGAAACAAAGAUGUCUCCUGGGCCCAGGAACAAGGCCAUGUUCUUCAUCCCAUCCAUGAAAGAAGAUGAUGCAGGGAGAUAUCACUGCUACUAUCACAGUACUGAAGGCUGGUCAGAGCUCAGUGAUGCCCUGGAGCUGGUGGUGACGGGAGUCUACAGCAGACCCAGUCUCUCAGCCCUGUUUGGCCCUGUGGUGACCUCAGGAGGGAACAUGACCCUGAAGUGUGUCUCAUGGGAGCAAUUUGACAGGUUCAUUCUGACUAAGGAAGGAGGAGACAAGCUGUGCUGGACCCUGAACUCACAGCGAGGCCCCAGUGGGCAGGUCCAUGCCCUGUUCACUGUGAGUCCUGUUAUCCCCAGGCAGAGGUGGAUGUUCAGAUGCUAUGGCUGUUAUAAUACGAACACCCAGGUGUGGUCAAAGCCCAGUGAUGUCAUGGAGCCUCUGAUGUCAGGAGCAGCUGAGACCAUCAGUACAUCACAGAACAGCUCAGAGCCCAAGACAGGCUCACAGCCCCAGGAUUACACAGUGGGGAAUCUCAUCCAGAUGGGCCUGGCUGGCCUGGCUCUGGUGGCCUUUGGGAUUCUGCUCUUCCAAGCUCACUGCAGUCAAGGAAGGACUCAAGAUGCAGCCAGUAUUUGAGGACAAGAAUGAGCCUCAACAUAUGAAGUACCAAAGCUAGGUCAAGAAGAUGUAAAAUUACUGAAUAAUACCAUUUAUAUUAAUGAAAUUGGAAAUGUAAUUAAGUCCCUACCUACAAAGAAGAGCCCAGGCCAGACGAUUCACUGAUUAAUUCUACAAGAAAUACAAAGAAGACAAUGUCAACACUCCUCAAACUCUUUAAUGAAAUCAAAAGGGAAGCAAUUCUUCCUAAUUGAUUCCUGGAAGCAAGUAUUACUCUAGUACCAAUAGAACUACGGGCCAGUCUCCCUAAUGAACACAGAUGCAAAAAUCCUCAAUAAAAUAUUGGUAAACAGAAUGCAGCAAAUCAUCAAGAUUAUACACCAGGACCAAGUGGGAUUAAUCCCAAGCAUGCAGGGAUGGUUCAACAUACGUAAAUCAAUAAAUGUAAUUCACCAUAUCAAUAAAGCCAAAAGUAAGAAUCAAAUAAUAAUUUCUAUAGAUGCAGAAAAAGCUUUUGAUAAGGUCCAACAUUCAUUCAUGAUAAGAACUUUACAAAAUAUUGGAAUAGAUGGUCUUUACCUCAAUAUAAUAAAGGCCAUCUAUGACAAACCAACAGCCAGUAUCAUACUAAAUGGCCCAAAACUGAAGACCUUUACCUUAAAAUCAGGCACAAGACAAGGAUGUCCCUUAUCACUGCUCCUAUUCAACAAAGUACUGGAAAUACUAGCCAGAAUAAUAAUAUGAGAGAAAUAAAAGGGGCAAAGAUAGGAAAAUAGGAAGUUAAAUUAUCAUUAUUUGCAGAUGACAUGAUACUCUACAUAGAAGACCCACAAAACUCCACUGAAAGACUCCUAGAUAUAAUAAAUAAAUUCAGCAAUGUAGCUGAUAGCAAAAUCAAUACUCAAAAAUCAGUAGCAUUUCUAUACACUAACAACAAGAUCAUUGAGAGAGAAAUAAAAGAAGCCACAUCCUUCACACUAACAUCCAAAAAAUAAAAUACUUAGGAAUUAAUGUCACAAAAGAAUUAAAAGACCUAUGCAGGGAAAAUUAUGAUACCAUGAAAAAUAAAUUGAAGAGAAUCUCAGAAGAUGGAAAGAUAUUCCUUGUUCAUGGAUAGGAAGAAUAUAUAUUGAAAAAAUGGCCAUUCUCCCAAAACUGUUAUACAGAUUCAGUGCAAUCCCAAUGAAAAUACCAUCAUCAACAUACCUCAUAGAUCUAGAGAAAUCACUUCUAAAAUUCAUCUUGAGUGAGAAGAGACCUAGAAUAGCAAAGACAGUUCUAAGCAGCAAAGGCAAGGCAGGAGGCAUCACAAUCCCUGACUUGAAGUUAUACUACAAAGCUACUGUAAUAAAAUCAACAUGGUACUGGAAUAAAAACAGAUCAAAAGAUCAAUGGAAUAGAUCUACAAACACACUCAGGCACCUUACCGUUGAUAAAGGGGCCAAACAUCUUCACUGGGAAAACAACAGUCUCUUUAAUAAAUGGUGCUGGAAAAACUGUCUUUCCAUAUGCCAAAAACUAAAACUAGAACCGUGCCUAUCACCAUAUACUAAACUAAAUGGAUCAAAGAUCUGAAUAUUAAGACACAAACACUAAAUCUGUUGGAAGACAAAAUAGGUAAAAAUCUUGAAGACAUAGGGGUAGGUAGAGAAUUAAUGAACAGGAAUCAAACCACAUGGGAAAUACUUCCCAGAAUCAAUACCUGGAAUCAUGUCUUAUUAAAAAGUUUCUGCAUGUCAAAAGAAAUCUCUACCAUAGUGAAAAGAAAACCCAAACUGGGAAAAAAAUCUUACUGAACUGUCCAUCAGACAAAGGACUUCUGUCUAAAACAUAGAAAGAAUUUUAAAAUUCAGACCCCCAAAACUCAGAGAUCUAAUCCAAAAAUGGGCAUCUGAGAUGAAUACACAGUUCUCAGAUGAAGAAAUACAAAUGACAAAUAAAUACAUGAAAAAAUGUUCAUAAUCAUUACUCAUUAGAGAAAUGCAAAUUAAAACAACACUGAGAUUCCAUCUCACUCCAGAAAGAAUGGCUGGGAUCAAGAAAACAACCAACAACAAAUUGUGGAGAGACUGUGGGGAAAAGGGAACUCUCCUGCAAUGUUGGUGGGAGUGUAGACUGGUACAACCAUUGUGGAGUUCAGUCUGGAAAUUUCUCAGAAAGCUGGGAUUGGAAGUCCCGUUUGUCCCAGCUAUUCCACUUCAUGGCAUUUUCCCAGAAGAACUGAAAACAUCAUACCACAGUGGUAUAUGUGAACCAAUAUUUAUAGCAGCAGAAUUGGUAAUAGCCAUAUCUUGGAAACAACCUAAGUGUCCAUCAACUGAGGAAUGGAUAAAAAUGCUGUGGUAUUUUUAUACAAUGGAGUACCACUCAGCUAUAAAGAGUGAUCACAUUGAGAUAUAUAUAAAUAAAUGGAUGCAACCUGAGACCAUGAAAUAAAUCAAACUCACAUGUAUAAAUACCAUAUAGUCUCCCUAGUGUAAGAAUUGAUAAUAGUACAUAGGAGUUUAUGGUAAUCAUGAUUCCCCCGUUACAUUGCUUUGAAGCCUUAUAAUGUCUGCAUUCAUUAGUUGGAAUGGUUUUAUCCUGGUUUGUUUGAUUUUACUUUCUGCGCUAGUAUGAACAGCUCUUGUGAAGGAAAUAAGACAUUAUAAUAGCCAGUGAUGAUUUAAUAUCAUCUUACUCUGAAGUCCUACUAUGCCUUUGUUUUUCUGUUUCCUUUGGUUCUGUGAUGUUAUAUCUUAUUGGAUAUUAUUGUAUGUGAUAGUAUAAACAAUUUUUCUAUGGAAAAUGAGGUAAUAUAGUAGCCAUUGUUCAUUCUCUGCUAUUUGGUUCUGAAACCCCUGUAAUGCUUUCAUUCUUUUGAAUGGUUUUAUACUAUUUUGUUAUUUUUGAUACUAUUGUACAUGAAGCUAUGCUCAACUAUUUCAAACAAAAAGAUAUUAUGGUAGUUACCAUUAAUUAUGGGUUGUCUUGUGGUAAAAUUAUUUGUUGUUUGCUUUGUUCUAAUCUGAUUUGCUUUGUUAUGA